GGAAUGAGUUUGCUACAGACUCUCUGGAGAUCCGGGAGCUGAAUUCCUGAAGAUCCCCACAUCGAUGAAAGCAAAGCCAAGCCACCAAGCCAUCACCAUGUCCACCUCGCUGCGAGUGAGCCCGUCCAUCCACGGCUAUCACUUCGACACAGCCUCGAGGAAGAAAGCCGUGGGCAACAUCUUUGAAAACAUAGACCAAGAAUCACUACAGAGGCUCUUCAAAAACUCUGGGGACAAGAAAGCAGAGGAGAGAGCUAAGAUCAUUUUUGCCAUAGAUCAGGAUUUGGAGGAGAAAACACGAGCCCUGAUGGCCCUGAAGAAGAGGACGAAAGACAAGCUCUUCCAAUUUCUGAAACUGCGGAAAUAUUCCAUCAAGGUUCACUGAGGACAAGAGAAUGGAUAAGAACAUUAUUCAAGAACGGACAUUUAAAGACCAAGUGAGUUUGUGACACCCUAACACACGCAGCAUUUUGUUGCUGCCUUGCAAGCUUCUCUUCCGUCAGGACUCCGGAGGCUGGAAAGGAACAGAACUAGUCACAAAGACUCCAACUAAUUUCACGCCAGUCCUGUUACAGUGGAGAACAAGAUGCUUUCAGCAAGGUUUUGAAAACGCUCCCUGCGUGAAACGACUGAUGCCGGUGUCAGGGGGAGUCUGGACAGAUGUAACGAGAACUGAAACGGAAGAUAACCGAUGGCUGGGGAGGAAUUGCAGCCAGGGUCUCUUUGUCAGCCCCUAGGACUUAAAUUCAACCUGAACUUUAUUUCCUUAACCAAAUUGGGUAGAGGGAGGCAGAGGGAGAGGGGGAACAGGGAGAGAGAGAAUACUGCGCUCCAAUUGUUUAAGGAACUUUCAUUUGAAUGUUGCCAAGCUUCAAAGUUGUCUAUUGGUAUAGAUUUUUAGAGAUGAGUAAUUGAUUAUUUAUUUGCAUUUAUUACAAUGCCUGAAAAAGCGCACCACAUAGGUGUUAAUUACAAACUCAAGGAACUGCAAUACUUUAAGCAGCUCAGUAAAACUGUACGCCACCUUCUGGUUUGUAAAGGGUUUUUAUGUGUUUCAAACUGGUUGCACAAAAUUUAAAAUAAUGGGGUCCUUUAUAAAUCCAAAGUACUGUGAAAAAAUUUUAUAAUUUUUUUAUCUUCUAACUAAUGCUAAAAUAUAAUCGAAUUAAAUUCCUUACAGUUACUGCAGUAAGAAAUAGGAAGUGAAUAUGAUAUACUAGUUUAUAAAGAUGUUAUGGUUUCUAUAAUUUAUUAUACAUAACAAAUGAUGUGCAACCAUAAUAAAUUAUUAUAAACUUA